GUUCUUCUAUGUUCUGGCUUACCCUGUCUUGUUAAUGAUCGUUGCUAGAAGUUCUUCCAUGUUCUGGCUGAUCUGGUCUUGUUAAUGGUGGUUGGUUAGAUGUUCUGGCUGGUCCGGUCUUGUUAAUAAUGGUUGGUUAGAAGUUCUUCCAUGUUCUGGUUGAUCCGGUCUUGUUAAUGGUGGUUGAUUAGAUGUUCUUCCAUGUUCUGGCUGAUCUGGCCUUUUAAUGAUGAUUAUUUAGAAGUUCUUCCAUGUUCUGACUGAUCCAGAUUUGUUAAUAGAGGGGCUGGACUGUAGCUAUUGGCGGUAGAAAAUCCCCUGGCACCAGUGCCCGUUUAUUGGUUUUAAUGGGAGAAAUAGUGAUGGCAUCAGUAGGGGGAAUGGUUCCCUAUCAUUUGUGUCAGUUGGUGUAAUAUUGCCCCAAGAGCCAGAUAAAGACAAGCAAAUGGUCACAUCUGCCCCCCGCAGUUUGGAGACCACUGCUCUAGAUGAUCCAAUCUUGUUAAUGGUGAUUAGUUAGUUCUUCCAUGUUUUGUACGGUUUACCUACCAUUCAGGAGGACUUGUAGUUCUACAAAAGUAAUAUUUGUGACACUCCAAAGAUCUCUGGAUGUUUGGUAUCUCACAAAUGUAACCUUAAUCCUUAACUCGAAGCUGUGUGACAGGUAGACCCGCCAGUGUCACACACCAGCAUCGUAUUUCUUUAGAUCAAAUAAACAAAGACAUGGCGUUAACUCUUUCACGAGGUUGUCACAACUGAAGAAGCCGUACACCAGCAAACAUACAGUUUCUGUUUGAAGCUCAAGGCUUUCUGCACCAGGAUUCAUAGACCGUAUGAGACACUAUUUUUAAAGUCCUCUUUCCAAGCUGACGCACCUGAAAAGUUUGCACAACGUUACCUUGUCUUGCUCAACUACGAAACCAAUUUUCGAAGAAGAAUGUUUCUGUUCGACAGUGGGCGGUAAGAUGACCGAUGGAGAAGUUUCAUGGUAUAUUCGGGAACCAUUUUAUGGACAGCUGGUCCUGGACGUCUUUAAAUGUCUUGAUGAUGCAUACAUGGUUCUUGUCCAUGCUUGGGAUUACCAUGGAGUAAACUAGUAUCCCUCCUUAAGCAGUAGGUAUGGAUGGCCUUCCAAAACCUGAGCCUAUGUUGUGGCAAAACCCUAAAGACCCAAAUGAAAAUGGGAUGUGGCAUGAGGUACAGAGUUACGGGGUAUCCAACCCUUUGUGGACGGCCGUUUUUGACUACGAGGCCACAGCAGAAGAGGAAUUGACGUUGCGGAGGGGGGACCUGGUGGAGAUCCUCUCCAAGGACGCCACAGUCUCCGGAGAUGAGGGUUGGUGGACAGGAAAGGUUAGAGACAAAGUGGGCAUAUUUCCCAGUAACUAUGUGGUCAGUGACCUUAAGUAUACCACUUUGAGAAAUGCCCCAACAGACUUCCCACACCCGCUUCAAAUAAAGUUUGAAGAGCUGGAGCUCGAGGAGAUCAUUGGUGUAGGGGGUUUCGGGAAGGUCUAUAGGGGAAUAUGGAGAGAAGAGGAGGUGGCAGUUAAGGCGGUACGUCAUGACCCUGAUGAAGACAUCAAUGUUACAGCUGAAAAUGUCAGGCAAGAGGCCAAGCUGUUUUGCAUGCUACGACAACCCAACAUUAUAGCUUUGAAAGGAGUGUGCUUGACACCCCCUCAUCUAUGCCUAGUCAUGGAGUUUGCCCGAGGGGGACCAUUACACCGGGCCCUGGCAGGAAAAAGGGUCCCAGCUCAUGUAUUGGUCAACUGGGCAGUGCAGGUUGCUCGAGGCAUGAAGUAUCUCCACGACGAAGCAAUCGUACCUAUCAUCCAUAGAGACCUGAAGUCCAGCAACAUCCUAAUACUUGAGAAGAUCGAGAACAAUGACUUAUUUAAUAAAACCUUGAAGAUCACGGACUUUGGUCUAGCCAGGGAAUGGCAGAAGACCACGAAGAUGAGUGCUGCAGGUACCUACGCUUGGAUGGCCCCAGAAGUGAUUCGUCUCUCUCUCUUUUCCAAGAGUAGCGAUGUGUGGAGUUUUGGCGUUCUUCUCUGGGAACUGCUGACCGGGGAAGUUCCAUAUCGGGAAAUUGAUGCUCUGGCUGUUGCCUAUGGGGUUGCAAUGAACAAACUGACACUUCCAAUUCCAUCAACUUGUCCGGACCCAUUUGUUCAGAUUCUAGAAGCCUGUUGGAACCCUGAUCCUCACAGCCGCCCCUCCUUCUCCACCAUUUUGGACCUGCUGAUCACCAUAGAGCAAUCGGCCAUGUUUCAGAUGCCCUUGGAAUCCUUCCAUUCAUUGCAGGAAGACUGGAGACUGGAGAUUCAUCAGAUGUUCGAUGAACUCAGAACCAAAGAGAAGGAGCUGCGUAGCCGGGAGGAGGAACUGGUGCGUGCAGCUGAGGAGCAGAGGAACCUGGAGGAAAUGCUUCGCAGGAGGGAACAAGAGCUGGCGGAGAGAGAGUUUGACAUUGUUGAGCGGGAGCUGAAUAUCAUCAUGUACCAAAUGUACCAGGAGAAACCCAAGGUGAAAAAACGGAAGGGCAAUUUCAAGAAGAAUCGCCUGAAGCACAAGGAUGGCAAUCGGAUCAGCUUACCCUCAGGAUUUGAACACAAGAUCACCGUACAGGCAUCGCCGACUCUAGACAAGUGCAAAGGUCAGGGGUCAAGCAGCUACAGUCCCCCUGGGAGCCCCCUGAUUAUCCCAAGACUCCGAGCUAUUCGAUUGACCCCAGUGGAUGGCAGUAAGACCUGGGGGCGGAGCUCUGUGCUGAAAAAAGAGGAGGUGGCUUCGACCAAGAAGAAAGGGAGGACAUGGGGCCCCAGUUCUACACAGCCAAAGGAGAGAGUCGGCGGGGAGGAAAGGCUGAAGGCACUUGGAGAAGGCAGCAAGCAGUGGUCUAACAGUGCCCCCAACCUCGGAAAGUCACCUAAGCACGCACCUAUUAGUGUGGGUUUUGCAAGUCUGACAGAAAUGGAGGAAUAUGCGGAUAAUGAAGGUUCAGUUCCACAAUCCCCAUACUCCACACAGUCCUACCUCAGUCUGCCCCUCCAGUCCGAUGUUAGGAGUAAUAAUGAAGACUCAAGCCUUUCUGCAGCAUCGUCUUCGGACAGUCCCAAGCGCAACUCCCAGUCCCGCAGAAAAAGUGAACUGGUGUUGUUGGGAUGCGCAUCUCUUCUGGCAGCUGUAGCACUCGGCAGUGAUCUCUCGGAGUUGGUGCCCCAAGAAGAGAAAAGAAAGGGCAUUUUUCAAUGGGCAGCAAAGGGCAUGAAGCGUAGCGGUAAUUCUCCCAGCCACUCCUUGUCUAAAGAGGAGCCAGUCAUCCCUCCCAGUUCAGUCACGCUCAUCUCAUUGUCUUCCAUCUCAGACUGUAACUCCACCAGGUCCCUUGUACGCUCAGAUAGUGAUGACACUGGACUGGCCAAUGAUAGCGCGCCCUGUGGGCAGAUCGCGGACGAGGAUCCCAGUAGGGAGCAGGCUGCCCCUGGCCGGAACCCGCUAGUGGACUACAAAUUGGAAAGUUUUAAGAGGGACCCACGACAGUCCUUGACUCCAACUCACGUUACAGCCGCCAGAGCUAACGCCACCGCAACCAGGGGUCACAGAAGGACACCAUCUGAUGGGGCCAUACGGCAAGUGACCCCGGGUCAUAGACGUUCACCUUCAGAUGGCAGCACACCACCACAGCAGUGUGACAAUGAUUCCAAAGAGCUCACUCCGUUCCCACUUUUGCCAGACCCCCGCUUCGUAUUCCCCCCUCCAGCGCGUCGCAAAACCCAAGACAAGGACUCUGCAGUUGAAAGGCCCACCACCCUAGAAUUUGCCCCCAGGCCUCGCCCUUCUGCCAGCCGCCCGAGACUAGACCCUUGGAAAUUUGUGUCCCUUUCUCGGACUCACAGCUCAUCUCCACCUGGCAGCGGAGGGGAUGCCAGCUCGAGUGGAUCUGCAGAUGGUGUUCAGGUGGGAGGUGCAGAGGAGACCCUUCUGGACAUGGAAGUGGAAGGACAAAGAUUGGAUAACACUAUCCCGCUGUGUGGGGGAGGGAUCCGUACACAGAUGGACCCUUAUUUUAAUUUGGGGGCAGAUGUUUCUUAAUAUAAUAGUCUGCUGGAUCAGAGCAUUAUCUGAAGGAAAGAAGCAACCCUUAUGAAUGUAUUAUGAAGUUGUAAAACAACGGGUAUAAAACGAUAUUCUUAACUGAUUAAACAAAGCGGGGUACCCCCACUCUAGUCAGUUAAAACUGAAGGUGUCAGUAAGCGAAUACUCAACUGCAGGCUUAAGAAACAACCAACUCGUCUUACGACUAUUUUCCUCAUGGUUAUUCUAUGGGCCCCUCUGUAGAUGAGGAUUUGAUUUUUAUUUCUGUGAAAACGACUGAGCCUCCGCUUGCCUCACCUGUGUUUACAGCUUAUCCUUACCACCUGCCCUGUUAGGGGGGGAGGGAGCUUGGUAGAUCCUGCUGGACCCUGGGAUGUCACUGGUUUAAUCUGCGUAUAGCACGGCAAUAGGCAAGGGUCUUGGCAGUUCUAGUAACUUAAAGGGUGACAGACCCACCAUAACUUGCUCCAUCAUUGUCCUAAUGGUGAUCGAAGUAUUAAUAAAGAAUUUGACCACUCUCCUUUGCAGUGUAUGUGGCAUAAAUGCAUCAA